AUGACUGACACGAAAACAAAGGGAAGUAUUAGCUUGAAAGGCUCAGCGCAGUUGGUGCAGGAGUUUUUCCACUACGGCAUCAACAGCAUACUUUACCAAAGAGGCCUAUAUCCGGGUGACACAUUCAAGAGGGAGAAGAAGUACGGUUUGACGCUACUAGUCACGAAUGAUAGCAAACUGCAGCAGUUUUUGGAGCCGCUCCUGAAACAAGUUGAAUUCUGGCUAAGCAAACGAAAAUUGAAGCGUUUGGUCGUGGUCAUUUCCGAAAUAAAAACGAAGGAGGUAAUGGAGCGAUGGCAGUUUGAUAUUCAUACUGAAGAAAUGAACGAAGAAGGCGAGAAUUCAACAAGGCAGAAGGACGAGAAGAAGAUAAAACAAGAGAUGUCCGAUGUCAUCAGACCUUCCUUGGUAAAAUCUACAUAUGAUAGCUCAGAACCUGAAUGCUAG